AAGGAAGAAGAAAGUUUUUUUUUUCCCAGACAGGGGAUGAAUAAUUAUCAUUUCCGAUUCUGCUUUGGAUGUUCCUCCUGGAUAGAUCGCUAUUAAAUCGAGCGCCAUUCACGCAGAACUUGCUUGAAUACAGAUGAUAAUCUGAACAGAGGCUUCACGCAAGCAGCAGUGUGGAGAUGGAAGCGUCCACCAACGGCUCCAGUUUUGGAAUCGACUCCCUGCUAUCCCACAGGCCCGGAAGCCCAGUCAUCGCGAAGGGGGACAGUUUGGUUGGAGAAUGCCGGUCCCCGCUGGAGUUCAGCCCCAGGUCAGACUUAGAGAGCGGUUGUUCUACUCCUCCGUCCCCGCGGCGGGAGUGCGGUGAGGAUGUGGCGCAGAGACAGGGUCACCUGCUCGGGCUCGCGUCCCAUUUGCAGCACGGGCCGAUCUCCGUUGGAUCGCAACCUCGGACUGUCACUUCAUCCUUCUUAAUAAGAGAUAUUCUGGCUGACUGUAAACCCUUAGCGGCGUGUGCUCCUUACUCCAGUAACGGCCAGCCGACUCAGGAGGCAGGGAGACUGGCAUCUAAAAUCGCAGAAGACUUCAUUGAAAAGAUCCACAGUAACUCAUCGUCCGACAGUGAAUACAAAGUGAAAGAGGAGGGCGACAGGGAGAUCUCGAGCAGCAGAGACAGCCCGCAGGUUCGCCUGAAGAAGCCACGGAAAGCGCGGACCGCCUUCACUGACCAUCAGCUCGCCCAGCUGGAGCGCAGUUUUGAGCGUCAGAAGUAUCUGAGUGUGCAGGACAGGAUGGAGCUGGCAGCCUCUCUCAACCUGACCGACACGCAGGUCAAAACCUGGUACCAGAACAGGAGGACAAAGUGGAAGAGGCAAACGGCUGUCGGACUGGAAUUGUUAGCGGAGGCUGGAAAUUAUUCCGCGCUGCAACGGAUGUUCCCUUCGCCGUAUUUCUACCCUCAAAGCCUGGUGUCGAAUCUGGACCCUGGAGCAGCGCUCUACUUAUACAGGGGACCAUCGGCGCCCCCGCCUGUGCUGCAGCGUCCUCUCGUUCCCCGGAUUCUUCUGCACGGACUCCAGGGCGCCAACGAGCCACCGCCGCCUCUGCCCCCCCUCUCCGGUGUGUUACCCAGACCGACACCACCACGAUGAACGGCACGAUUCGGACUCGUUGCAAUACAUGGCAGCUUUGAACUCCACCAUUAAAAAGCUAUUUUACUGGUGACAAAAUAUUCGAGAAAUUUUACGAAGCCACAAAAACAAACUGACACACAAAAAGUGAUUAGAGACAUCUUUAAACUUUAUUUAAUUAUUUAUUUUACUUGUGUUUUUUUAACUUAUGUUUAUAUUUUUUUGUGUACCCUAAAUGUUAAAUCUGGAGAAAACAAAUACAGACCGUUAUAUACUGAACGCAAUAAUAACGGGACAUGAUAUUAUACAGGGACAUUUCGUUUCACAAAUUAUUAUUAUUAUUAUUAUUUUAACUAAUCAAUAUUACAAAUGUGAAUUGUUGGUGCAUCCCUGACGCAAAGAAUAUUUAAAUGGUAGAUUCAUAUUUAAUUAUCCUGAGAUGAAAUCCAGGUCAUAAAUCGUGAGCUUUGUAGUGACCCUCUAAAAUGUACAAAGGAAAAGAGGUGUAAAUAAGAAUAUUUUGUUUUAUGUUGAAAGACAAAUCUCGAAUUUUCUCUUUUUGUAUCAUAUUUCCAAGCCUUACGUUAACAGGUGAGACUGACGUGAGCAGCACGUUAAAAACCCGACACGACUCUACAAAAUGAAAAAGCAACUUAAAUGGAGAAGUGUCACUUUUCUAUUUGACAAACAGUUGAAUGGUACGGAGUGCUAUGCCUAAACAGAACAAGCAGGUGGAUUGGACGAGAUGGAUUAUUAAUCGAUUAUCAAUCGAUUAUUUUUGUGCUGCUUUUUUCGUUUCUAUAUUCCUGCACAACUGCCAGUAGUAUCACUUUGAUAUUGACGGGAAAACGCCAAGUCCUCGUUUCAGAUCACUUGUGAUCAAUAAGACGUCUGAAAGGAGAUGACAUGUAAAGUGUUCGCCCAGGCAUUGUGCAAUAACUCUGUAUAAAGCCGUUGAAAUAUCUUGUCAUUCUUUCUGGUGAAGCUGUAUAUUGAGAAUAAUGAUUUGUGAAGUAAUGAUUCUCGUAAUUCCAAAUGAUUUUCGUUCGUGCCCCCGUGUGCUUAGCGGUGUGAACUUCUUGAAAACUCUUAAAACUGCUGGAUGUGCGGGGGAGGGUGGUCUUUAAGCAAGGAGAAUUACUUUUAUAAAUGUGCUAAUAAAGAUCUUUCAUUA